AUGGCGCCAAUUAUUAGCGCCACCUCCUCCAUCUCUCUUCCUCUCCGGAUAGCAGCGAGGAGGACGAAGCCAGCAGUUUCAGCUGCUCCGAGAAGCGACCAGCGACCGGCGAACUCCGGUCCCUCCAGAUGGCGAAACCCCUUUGCCACUCUCUUCUCUCUUUCCGCAGUAGCGAUCGGAGGCUGCUCCGACCGACGAGCCGCCUCUCCCCUCUUCUCCGACCAGAAUCAGCAACCAGGAGCUCUAGCCGGCGAGCAACAACAACCAGCAUCGAGAGCAGCCAGCCAUAGGCGAACUCCGGCAAGCCAGCGACGUAGUGAUGAGGAAAAUAAACAGUGCUCGGGACCCCAAAAUUUCGGUUGGCUUGAAGACGGAUCUUACCAGAUCCAGACAGGUUGUGGAAGGGGGGAAUCAAGACUAAUGGCUAGUGAAGUGCUUUUGCAAUGAUAUUUUGAGAAGAAACCUCUAUUUUACUGCCUCGGUUUUGUUAAUAUUUAGUAUAUCUUAGUUAGACUUUCAAGUUGGAUAAUUUUUACUUAAUAUAUUUUUCCUUGAGGGGAAUGUUGAGAUAUUAUCUCAUGAAUGUUAUUUUAGAUGUUCUUAAAUAAUAUAUGACAGUGUAAU